AUGGGUUACAUGCCAUUCACACCGAGAACCCGGGCAGGGACACCACUCAAACGAAAACCAUUGGUGCACGAAUUCAAAGAAAACAUUGUGGAUGAAGCUAUUUUGAAUGACAUCGAUGAGCUAGCACCCGAAACAGAAGUUUGCGCUGCUGCUAAUCAAAGUACCACAGAGUCUUCAACUGCUGAGAAAUGUUCUGUUGUGUAUGUGUGUUGCCAUUCACAACCAGAGCUGUGCAAGAAACGAUUUGUUGAAACAAGUACGCAAACUCAAGAUUUGGUAGUUUUGGACCAUGCCUACUCAUACCUGAAGUCAACGCGAUCAACAGGAACACAACACACAACAACGGAAUUUAAUGUUGGUACAAUAUCAAAUGACAGUGAUGCCAGAUUUUAUACAGGUCUGACUUUGAGUGUGUUACUUUCCCUUGUUAGUGCUUUGACUCCAUUUGCAAAUAAGUUGCAAUACAAACUGAAUGUUGGCGAUCAAAUUCUUGCAGUUCUCAUUCGUCUACGUCUUGGUUUGUCGUUUAAGGACAUUGCAAGAAGGUUUGGAGUGUCAACUCCACUAGCAAGUAAAAUGUUUAAGUCGUGGAUGACUAUAAUGGCAGAUAAUUUGAGUGACUGUGUAUGCUGGUUACCACGUGAAACCAUUAGAAGGACCCUCCCAGGAUCUUUUGAUGAGACAUACCCGCGCACGACUUGCAUUAUAGAUUGUUCUGAGAUUUUUAUUCCGAGACCGUUUUCCUUGAAGGCUCGUGCGCAGACGUGGAGCACUUACAAGUCCCACAACACAGCAAAGUUUUUGGUUGCUAUCGCACCUAAUGGAUUCAUAAUGUUCAUUUCCCCAUUAUAUGGUGGCAGAGCCAGUGACAAUUUCAUUACUAAGUCCAGUGGUUUUUUAAAUUAUCUUCUGCCUGGUGACGAAGUUAUGGCAGAUAGAGGCUUUACCAUUGGGGAAGAGCUCUGUGCAAGGCGCGUGAAACUCAAUAUACCAGCUUUCAUGAAAGGAAGGUCACAGCUAUCAGAGCAAGAGACAAUCGAUUCCAGGAGGAUAGCUUCUGUUAGAAUACAUGUUGAGCGAGCGAUAAUGAGGAUGAAAUCCUACAGACUUCUAAACACAACAUUGCAAAUUAAAUCAUUAAAGUCACACAACCUUGACAAAGUUUUUAGGGUUGUAGCUUGCCUGUGCAACAUGCACGACUCUUUAAUAAGACAACCAGAUGAUUGUGAGCAAGCAUGA